CAAUGGUGUCGUCGAAGAAACCGAACCAGGAGAAGAAGCCGAGGAGCGAUGGCGUCAACAAAGCUGGUGGUGGUAACACACGCAGCUCCGGUUCCAAACCGAAGAAGAAGAAUACCAACGUACAGGCCAAUGCGAAGAAGGAGCCGGAGGUUCACGAGAUCUCGGAGUCUUCGAGCAGCGACUCCGCAGGAGAAGCGAGACGUGAUGAGCCGGUGAAAAGCAAUGGCGGAGGAGUGGAAGACGCUAAGAUGAUUAGGUUUCCGAUGAAUAGGAUCCGGAGGAUAUUGAGAAGCGAUAACUCUGCUCCUCAGAUCAUGCAGGACGCCGUGUUUCUUGUCAACAAGGCCACGGAAUUGUUCAUUGAGCGGUUUUCUGAAGAAGCUUAUGAAAGUUCUGUCCAGGACAAAAAGAAAUUCAUCCACUACAAACAUCUCUCAUCUGUAGUUAGCAACGACGAGAGAUACGAGUUCCUUGCGGAUUGUGUUCGUGAGAAACUAAAAGCAGACGUGGCGAUGGAGGAAUGGGAAAGAAGCAUGACAGAUGCAGGCUGAUAAAUACACCGGUUGGAAGCAACCUGAACCGCGUGUCCUGUCCUGGUUUAUUGAUUCCAUCUGCCUGGUCUUCACCUUUUUUAAUAACCUCCAUAAUGAGAUUGCACAUAUUUCAUUACUAAAAUGUAUCAAUUGCAAUAAUUUUUAUAGUAUAAUCUGCCAACGAUGAACUUUACGAA